GUAGAUGGGGUCUGUGAGAAUUUGAAAAGAAACUAGUGUUUUUAAUACUCGGUUAUUAUAAUAAUAAUGAAGGAGUUAUUUUCACGAAAUCCCAGACAUUAAACUGGUCUUAAUCAUUGAAACUGGAAUUCACUGGAACAAGGAAAACUGGUGGAAGAGUACAUUGCUGUUAUGAAAUGCUUUCUUGUGGAUCGUGUGCUACUGCCAGCUGAUGCAACUUGUGUUUGCUUCAAGCGAAAGGGAAAUUAUCAACGGAUCUGCAUGAACUUGACACCCCUUCAGGAAGAAAGAAUGCGACGGUUGAAGCGCCGAAUGAAGGUUUACUUUGAUGCUGCUAGGGCAGAUCACCAGGAAGCAUUGAGAGCUCUUUGGUAUGCUACAUAUCCUGGUCAAGAGCUUCAAGGCUUGAUAUCGGAUCAAUGGAAAGAGAUGGGAUGGCAGGGAAGAGAUCCAUCUACUGAUUUCAGAGGUGCUGGUUUCAUUUCUUUGGAGAACCUCCUGUUCUUUGCAAAGACCUUUUCGACAUCUUUCCAGUGCCUAUUGAAAAAGCAGGGAGGAAAGCCGGCUGCUUGGGAAUAUCCGUUUGCUGUUGCUGGUGUAAAUAUCACAUUCAUGAUCAUGCAAAUGCUUGACCUUGAAGCCACAAAACCCAGGACUUUCAUCAGAGCAGUUUUCUUACAAAUGUUGUUAGAAAAUGAGUGGUCCUUUGACUUGCUUUAUUGCGUGGCUUUCAUGGUUAUGGACAAGCAGUGGCUUGAGAGAAAUGCUACAUACAUGGAGUUCAAUGAUGUUUUGAAAUCCACUCGAGCUCAGUUGGAGAGGGAACUGCUAAUGGAUGAUGUCUUCCGGAUUGAAGACAUGCCAUCUUACAGCCUUCUUUGUUGACGACAGUAACCAAAGCUAGAAGCACACAGAAAUGACUGACCUCAAAAUUGUACAAUCAUUUUCACUUUGAGGAGCUUAUGAGAAUUGUGGUCAAGGGUUGAGGAAAGGAAAUUAAUUAAUUGAUUAUUUCAUUAUAUUAUUCACGAUUGAAAGCUUAUAUUAUAUGUGUUCAAUGUUCAUAACUUCAUAUGAAUUCGUAUAUAUGGAAAGUUAAUCCCAUAUAAA